AUGGAAACCACUGGGGAGCCAGGAGCAGGCCCUCUCGGAGCCCCCAGCCCUUCGAACUCCUCCGCGCCUGGGCACCUGGAGAGAGAAAAGCCCGCCCCGGACCCCCUGUACGACAUUCCCGAUGCCAGCGGAGGGCAGGCAGGUGGGCCCCAGCGCCCCGGGCGUGCCGUGAGCCUGCGGGAGCGCCUGCUGCUCACGCGGCCGGUGUGGCUGCAGCUGCGGGCCAACGCAGCGGCUGCGCUGCACAUGCUGAGGACCGAGCCCCCGGGGACGUUCCUGGUGCGGAAAUCUAACACCCGCCAGUGCCAAGCUCUGUGCGUGCGGCUGCCAGAGGCCAGCGGCCCUUCCUUCGUCUCCAGCCACUACAUCCAGGAGAGCCCUGGGGGCGUCUCCUUGGAGGGGUCCGAGCUCGUCUUCCCAGACCUAGUCCAGCUCAUCUGUGCCUACUGCCACACCCGGGACGUCCUUCUUCUCCAGCUCCAGCUUCCCAGAGCCAUCCGUCAGGCAGCCACGCACAAGGAGCUGGAAGCCAUCUCCCAUCUGGGCGUUGAGUUCUGGAGCUCCUCCCUCAACACCAAGGCUCAGCCCGGCCCACCCGAAGGCCCGCUGCUGCCCCGGCUGAAGCCCCGGUCCCCCCAAGAGCUGGACCAGGGCACCGGAGCUGCCCUGUGCUUCUUCAACCCCCUGUUCCCAGGGGACCUGGGACCUACCAAGCGGGAGAAAUUCAAGAGGAGUUUCAAAGUGCGGGUUUCCACAGAGACCUCCAGCCCCCUGUCUCCGCCCGCUGUGCCGCCACCCCCUGUCCCUGUGCUGCCCGGGGCAGCCCCCAGCCAGACGGAAAAGUUGCCCCCUCGCCAGCUGCUGCGGAGGGAGAGCUCAGCAGGGUACCGUGUGCCCGGGGGCGCCGGCCCUAGCCUCCCUCCGCUGCCCUCCCUCCAGGAAGUGGACUGUGGCUCCCCCAGCAGCUCUGAGGAGGAGGGGACGCAGGGGCCUCGAGGGAGCCCCGCAACCUCGCCCCACCUGAGCCGCAGGCGGCCUUUGCUUCGGUCUAUGAGCGCUGCCUUCUGCUCUCUGCUGGCACCCGAGCGGCAGGUGGGCCGGGCAGCCUCGGCGCUGAUGCAGGACCGCCACACCGCCGUGGGCCAGCUGGUUCAGGACCUGCUGACCCAGGUGCGGGCCGGCCCCGAGCCCCAGGAGCUGCAGGGCAUCCGCGAGGCACUGAGCAGGGCACGGGCCAUGCUGAGCGCUGAGCUGGGCCCUGAGAAGCUGCUGCCGCCCAACAGACUGGAACGUGUCCUGGAGAAGUCGCUGCAUCGCUUGGUGCUCAAGCCUCUCCGGCCCAUCCUGGCGGCUCGACUGCAGCGCCGGCUUGCUGCUGAUGGCUCCCUGGGCCGCCUGGCUGAAGGCUUCCGCCUGGCUCGCACCCAGGGCCCUGGAGCCUUCGGGUCCCACUUGAGCUUGCCCUCCCCGGUGGAGAUGGAGCAGGUGCGCCAGAAGCUGCUGCAGCUGCUUCGCACCUACUCACCCAGCGCCCAGGUCAAGCGGCUCCUGCAGGCCUGCAAGCUGCUCUACACAACCCUGAGGAUGCACUGGGGAGAGGGCGCGGGGGCCGACGAGUUCCUUCCACUGCUGAGCCUGGUCCUGGCCCACUGCGACCUUCCUGAGCUGCUGCUGGAGGCCGAGUACAUGUCAGAGCUGCUGGAGCCCACCCUGCUCACCGGAGAGGGUGGCUACUACCUGACCAGCCUCUCCGCCAGCCUGGCCCUGCUGAGCGGCCUGGGCCAGGCCCACCCCCUGCAGCUGAGCCUCUCGCAGGAGCUGCAGCGCUCCCUCAGCCUCUGGGAGCAGCGCCGCCUGCCCGCCACCCACAGCUUCCAGCACCUCCUCCGAGUAGCCUACCAGGACCCCAGCAGUGGCUGCACCUCCAAGACCAUAGCCGUGCCCCCAGGGGCCUCGGUUGCCACCCUGAACCAGCUCUGUGCCACCAAGUUCCGGGUGACCCAGCCUGAUGCUUUCGGCCUCUUCCUGUACAAGGAGCAGGGCUACCACCGCCUGUCCCCCGGAGCCCUGGCCCACAGGCUUCCCACCACCAGCUACCUUGUCUACCGCCGCUGCACAGAGCAGCCUGAGACUCAGGGGGCCUCAUCUGCGGGAGCAACCAAGGAGGGCAGCAGGGAGGCAGAGGCAGAGGCAGGGGGCGGGGAGGAGGAGAAGGGGGGCCGAGGAGAGGGGGACACCGAGAUCAAAGCCAGCCCCAGGGACAGCAGGGGAGAGUCUGAGACAACUGAGCAGAACGAGAGCCAGGCCAGGGAGGGCUCUGCUCAGCCAGGCAGGCCAGAGGCUGAAGGAAGCCGGGCAGCAGAGGAGUAG